GUAGAAAUUCUGUAUCAAGGGACCUGGGGAGUAGUGUGUGAUGUUUGGUGGUGGGAUAUACGAGAUGCUCACGUGAUCUGCAGAAUGCUUGGUUACGAGGCAGCUGAACAUUUAAUUCGGUACAUUGAAGGAGAGAUACCAAGAAGAACGCUCUUAAAAUAUAUGGCAUGCAGAGGAAGAGAAAAGUCGAUAGCAGAGUGUGCUCACCUAGAAUGGUGGAAUGUUUAUUUAUUUUGCUCAAACAAACGCCUAGCUGGUGUGAUUUGUCAGACAAAUGAAGAUCCUCCACCAGUUCAUGUUCGUUUAGCUGGAGGAAGGUCAGGCAAUUCUGGUCGACUUGAAGUCAGAUACCAUGGUCAGUGGGGUACURUWUGUAACYUUGGAUKGGACAUGAAAGACGCUGARGUGGUGUGUCGUAUGCUUGGUUACCCUGGAGUACAGGAAUACAUAACCACCAACUUUACGCCCGUCAAGGGUAUAGUAUGGCUGAUGAACGUCGGUUGUACAGGAAGAGAAACGUCGRUUACAGACUGUAGUCACAAUGGAUGGGGUAAUGCAGCCUGUUACCAUAGUAACGACGUUGGGAGGAAACCGGAGAUCCCGCAGAAGAACCCUCAUGGCAAGGUAGAGAACAAAACAUCAAACAAUCUCAACUCACAUGUGGUCAAGUCUGAGCCCCAGGGCUCGAACCCGGAACCAAGUGGUGAGAAGCGAGCAGUAAACCUCUACACCACACAUGCCACCCAAUAUGAGGAAUGAGAGGGAAUAAAAAAAUAACACUUUUAACAUGUAAUAGCUUUUUUAUUACACAU